UAAUCUUCCUCAAUGGACGAAGAUGACGAUCUAUUAGCUGCGUUGGAGAUACCUCCAGCGCCGAAACAAGCCGCCAUAAGUGAAAUAAAACCAUCACCCAAUGCUCCGGCACCAUCUACCAGCACUGGCGGCACAUCCGAUCAAACGGCCGUCGUCGUAGCGAAGGUAAACAAAAGCCACUGCAUCCUGGUCAAUCCGAAGCAGCGCUGUAAUCCACUGUUAAAAGCAAUCCAAACCCUGCCCUGGGAGUAUGACGACAUUGUGCCGGACUAUGUGGUCGGUGCGAGUGCCUGCAUACUGUUCCUUUCACUACGUUAUCACAACCUUAACCCGGACUACAUCCAUGCCCGUUUGAAGCAGCUGGGCAAAAUGUACGAGCUGCGUGUGUUGCUCGUGCAAAUCGACAUUUCCGAGCCACAGAAUGCGUUGAAACAUCUGACUCGUAUCUGUUUGCUGGCGGAUCUGACCCUUAUGCUGGCCUGGAAUGCAGAUGAAGCGGGAAGGAUUGUGGAAAAGUAUAAACUGUUUGAAAACCGACCACCGGAUUGGAUUAUGGAACGGGCGGAGAAAUAUCCACACGAAAAGCUGGUCCGUGCACUGACCACCAUCAAGCCAGUCAAUCAGACCGAUGCGAUGAUACUGUUGCAGAACUACGGUACGCUCGGUAAGCUGAUAAAUACGAGCGAAGAGAAGCUGAGCAUGGUUUCGGGACUAGGGCCAAGAAAGGUAAAGAAAUUGCACAAAACGUUCAGUGAAAGCUUUCGGAAGCAGUAA